AUUUCAUUCAAUCGAUUUCCAUGCCUCACUUUAUCAAGUUAAUUCCUUUUUCAGAUUUUAGAUUUACCCUUUUCGAAAGUUUCAAACCUUUGUUUCCGUUCUCAUGGCGUUUUCCCAAUGCGUUAUCACAAGAAACAUACAACAGAUGAACUUUGCCUUUUAAGGGUUUGUCCUGAGUUCGCCGAUUAUUAUUUUUCUGUUUUUUUUCCUCUUUGUUUUCUGUUGUCUUUUAGGUGGCCCGAAUUAAGAACAGAAUCAGGCGUACGAAAGGGAGCUCCGGAGGAAGGAGAGAGAUUGGUUGGAAAUGGCAAAAGCUUCGGAAAUCGCUGCCAAGCUCAAUCUCAAGGCUCACCCAGAAGGUGGCUUUUACACUGAAACUUUCAGGGAUAACUGUGUCUUCCUCUCCACCUCCCAUCUCCCUCCCCAGUUCAAAGUGGAUCGAGCUGUUAGCACGAGCAUUUACUUCUUGCUUCCAUCCGGGUGCGUUUCACGUCUCCACCGAAUCCCCUGCUCCGAAACCUGGCAUUUCUAUCUGGGUGAACCUAUUACAGUGGUGGAACUAUACGAUGAUGGGCAGAUCAAGUUUACGUGCCUAGGACCCGAGCUUAUAGAGUUGGAUCAGAAGCCUCAGUACACCGUCCCUCCAAACAUUUGGUUCGGGUCAUUCCCGACAAAGGAUGUCAACAUAUCUCCGGACGGGACAGUGAUCAGAGCCGAGCCCAGAAACCCCGAGAACCACUACUCUCUCGUCGGAUGCACUUGCGCUCCGGCUUUCCAGUUCGAGGACUUUGAGCUCGGGAAACGCUCUGAACUCAUCUCGGUGUUUCCUCGGCACGAGUCGCUCAUCACAUUGCUUUCUUACCCUAAUUGAUGCAAUUGGAAUUGAAAGCUGUCUUUCAGGCCCAUCUCCUUCCUUGUAGGACACAUUAUGGGAAUGUCUUCUUCGUCUUUUUUCUUACCUUCUUGUAACCCACUUUUUGUUGUUCUAUAUGUAAUUUGAUCGUUUCACUGGAAAGUUUUGAUCUUUGAUGAAAGACAUCAAUAAGGAACACAUCCAAAUGAACACUCUGUAUUUACAA